AGCAGCUGCACAGUUGGACAGGGAUCCUUUGUUUGGUUGGCUGCUACUUCCAUCCUUAUCGUCUACGUCGGCGUGUUGGUGACAUGUUCUGUUCCUCCCUUAUGGAGGGGAACCUUAUAAAAUUCAACUUUCCCCAGUGAGCCCGGCUAAACGGGAUCUUCUCGCAGACUGGGCGACGGAGCGAGAAGACGACAUGUCGCCGGGGUCUGUGGUUGGGGUGAUGUUGCUCCUGCCUUGUGUGGUGGUCGCUCUCUCGCACCGGGAUCCAGAGGAAGACCAGAUUCGAUCAGGAGAGGGAGCUGCAGGUGGCAUCGAGAGCAGAAGGCAAGAGGGGGAGCUUGGAGAAGAGCAGCACUUGCCUCACGGCCCUCCAAAGCCCCUGGAGGGGAACCUGCCACCGCUGGAGUCAGUGGACGUCCCCACGCCUGUCUCUGAGCACCGCCUAGGGAAGCUCUUGCUCCGCGCAGCCAAGGAAAAGCAUGCAGCUGUUGUGAAGGAGCUGCAGAGCAAACUGGUGGAAGCUUCCGGGAGGGAUUUGGAGCUGAGCCCCGAGGACAGAGCACGGUUCGGCGUUUGUUCCAAUCUAGAUGGGAAAACCGGUGGCCGGAUCGUCACCCCCUCGGCGCUGACUGAAAGCUUCGGAGGAGAUCCAGAGAAAGCGGCACUCUACGUUUUACACCCCACUAAAGAGCUGUGGGAGGUGGAUGGAGCGACACGCAGGACCACGCUGCUCCUUCACUUCCAGCUGCCACCCCCCCUGCACUCGGCACGCCACGAACUGACCCCCACGCUCCUGUUCUUCCUGGAGGGCUCUGUCAGGACGGGAGUGCUGAGCAUCUCCUUCAGCAGUCGUUCCCUCCUCCCGCAUCACCAGACGGCUUGCCUUUCAGCGGGAACCCAGUUCCUUGUUCUGUCCGGGGGAAAAGUACCAUGCGGAGCCCGGCAUCGCCUGGCAUGGCAGAUUACCAUGGAGACAAACUGGGGGGAUAAUGGAGCCGAGGCGUCUGCUGCUGAGGUGCAGCGGCUACUGAAAGGGGACAAGCCAGAGGACAAGGCUCCGAGCCCUCUGCUCCUGCUCCUGGCAGACAGGGUGGCGGCUGACGAUUCAGACGGCCCGGAGCCCAAGCACGCAGCGGCGCUGGAGCUGAGCCACACCGCAGCCCCCCCGCCUUCUGAAACCUUCCUUUUCCUGUGCGAGUUGCAGAAGUUCCUGGGCGAAGCGCUUUCGCACACGCAGCUGGAGCCCGUCCCUGCUCUGCCCGCCUCGGUGUCUCUCGGUGCCCUGACGUCCCUGCCCUCCAUGCGCCUGGGGUCCUCCUCCAGCGAGGCCCUCCUCUUGGGCCUGCUCAACUCCUCGGCUCCCACCUUAUUCUCCUUCCCCCGCAGCGCCUCGGAGCUCUGGGCCCACCGGGGUCGGCUGACCUUGCAGCCCCACUUGCUGUCGGUGCUGAGGCUGCGGCUGGAGGAGACCAUGAGCCGGAUGCGCAGAGAAGAGGCAGGAAGACACGGCACGAAGGAGCAGCUCCUCCGGCUGCAGGAACUGAGCGCGCUGCCGAGGGAGGGUGCCCAGCCGCCAGGGGGUGAGAGGGAUGGUUGCGGGAAGGUUCUGGCAACCCUGGAGAAAGACAGUAUCACGCCCUGCUUCUGCUCAAGGCCCUGCAGACUGUGCUCUGGACUUGGGAGGCGGAGAGGGGACAGCGGGCCGCUCGCGGGGGUCAAGAGGGCCAGAGAAGCAGGGGCAAGUGCCAGCUGCACCCUCUCACCGUGUCCAUGGAUAAGUACCUGCUGAGCCCGUCUACGGCGGCCAUCAACAACUGCCAGGGCUCGUGCAGCGACUUGCCGCUGGAGAGGAUCACCAAUCACGCCAUGAUGCUGAAUAUCCAUCGGAACAACGGGCUGCCGCUUGAGCGCGGACCCUGCUGCGUGCCCGUGGAGUACGAGGAGCUGUGCGUGGCCGUGCUGAACAGCGAAGGUACCGAAAUACAGUAUAAACCCGAGAUGGUGGCCAAGGAGUGCGGCUGCCGCUGACUUCCACCAGCGCGUGCUUUUCACGCAUGUACCGAAUGUGUAAUCCGUGCGAAAGACUGCUUCCGCCUGCCUGCGUGCUUCAGCCCUCGUGUGCAGAACACCUUUUUUCCCUUGCGAAGUCAUGCAUUUCUUCGCAAGUUUACCGUAACUGUAGAUGUCAUUCACAGAUUUCCAUCUUUAGGGGCUUUUCUGUAAGUCAGCUGUUCUCUGAUGGCAUUUUUCAUAUUUAUAAUAAAUUUUUUAAUG